AUGGAACAAAGAAGAUUGCGCAAAGGGCCGCUGCCUGGAGGUCGCCAGGGCGCGUCUGGAGCUGGCGCUGGACGCGACAGCAUGCGAACCGCCAGCCGAGCGCGAGGUGCUGCACGACCACCCAGCAGCCCCUCGCAUCCAUCAUCCCCACCAGCUUGCUUGGUGUCGGCAGGGUCUUCGCAGACCCAGCAAUCGGCACCCGCCACUGGUGGAGUGCGCCGCAUGCGAUGGACCAUCAAUAUGAAUACAAACGCAUUGCGGGCGUAUUUUAGGGCGAAAGGGGGAGAAAUUGGAGGUUUCGCGUAUCGGGCUAGGAUGCAUCGUCUUUUUACUGAGCUGGAGCCAUCUAUUACUGUCACCGAGCAAAACCUGGCAGACCGAGUUCGGUAUAUCUUACGCUCAAAUAUAUUUGAUGGCACCGAACCGGCUGGGAACAGCCAUUAA